CUCCGCCGGUUACCCGUAUGCUGCCCUCCCCGGCGAGAAACGGCGCAAACAUGGCAGCUGCCAGUGAGAGAGCGGCGGCGGUGGUUGCUGCUGCUCAACUUUUAUUGUUUACUUUACAUGGCUCGGCCCGAGCUGAAUACUUUUCCUCGCUCUUGUCUUUCAACGGUAACAGCCACCUGCAGAAGCAAGGCUGUGUCACUCAGUCAGAAUUUGGGAACUCGGAGGACUUCGUGGAAUGUGAGUCUUCAUUUUUGAAUCCUGAAGACACAGAUUGUGUGCCAAGAGGAGCUCCGCCGUGUGAACCAAUGCCAUCCUUGGAUACGGAAAAAAUUCUGAGUCAAGCUAAAGUUUUGGCUGAACAAAAGAGGUUUCCAUUUUCUACCAUUGAUACAAAUACAAAUGAGGAAUUAGCAUUUGGCUAUGCCUUGAUUGGAAACAGCUUAUAUGAUGAAGCAAUAAAGCGCUUCUCAGCCCUUUUACAGGGAAACCCGGAACUUGUGAGUGCGAUCUAUGGAAGAGGAAUAGCAUAUGGAAAGAAAGGCUUACAGGAUAUCAGAAAUGCUGAACUUGCUCUGUUGGAGUUGAAUAGAGUUAUAGCCUUAGAGCCGAAUGCACCCGAGGUAUUUGAACAAAGAGCAGAGAUUUUGUCACCACUGGGACGGUUAAGUGAAGCUUUAAAUGACCUCAGCAGAGCGAUACAAUUGCGCCCAUCUGCACGUCUAUAUAGGCACAGAGGCACACUAUACUUUAUUUCUGAGGAUUAUGCAGCAGCACAUGACGAUUUUCAACUGUCCUUAGAAAUGAAGAAAUAUCAGCCGAUUGCAAUGCUUUAUAAAGGUCUAACUUUCUAUCACAGGGGUAUGUUGAAGGAAGCAAUUGAUUCAUUCAAAGAAGCCCUUGAACUUAAAACAGAUUUUACAGAUGCCUACAGAAGUCUAGGGCAAGCAUACAGAGAGUUGGGUGAUUUUGAAGCAGCUAUGGAAAGUUUCCAGAAGGCCUUAAUGCUAAAUCAAAACCACAUUCAGUCCCUGCAAUUGAGAGGAAUGAUGCUCUACCAUCAUGGUACUCUUCAGGAGGCAUUGAAAGACUUUAAGGGGUGCCUGCAGUUGGAGCCAUACAAUGAAGUUUGCCAGUACAUGAGGGGCCUGGGUCAUGUUGCUAUGGGACAGUUUUAUGAAGGAAUUAAAGCACAGACUAAAGUGAUGUUAAAUGACCCACUUCCAGGUCAGAAAGCGAGUUCUGAAUAUCUGAAAGUGAAAUACCUCAGAGAAUAUUCACGUUACUUACAUGCACACCUCGAUGUGCCAGUGACUGAGUACAAUAUAGAUGUUGAUCUUCCUGGCAAUUUCAAGGAUCACUGGGCUAAGAACCUUCCUUUCCUUAUUGAAGAAUACGAAGAACAACCAGGAUUACAGCCUCAUAUAAAGGAUGUUCUACCUCAGAAAUUUGAGAGCUAUAGUGAAGAUGUGCAAGGGCUAAUUUGCACUGCAGACCGUUUGGGUUCACUUAUGCAAUAUGCCACACCAGGCUUUCUUCCAAACAAAAGGAUACAUAGAGCUAUGGGACUCGCAACAUUAGAAAUUAUGCAGGUUAUACAACGAACAUGGGCAAAUUCAAAAAUCCGUGUUGCUGGCAAAACCAGAGUGAUGCAAUGGAAGGACAUGUUUGAUAUUGGUGUGAAAUGGAGGAGGAUUGCGGAUCCAGAUCAGCCAGUACUGUGGUUGGACCAAAUGCCACCUCAAAGCCUCAGCCGUGGCUUUAAUAAUCAUAUAAACCUUAUAAGGGGUCAAAUCAUUAACAUGCGGUACCUGGCAUAUUUUGACAAAAUACUGAAUUUUAUAAAAGACAGAAUACUUGUUUAUCAUGGUGCAAACAAUCCCAAAGGACUUUCAGAAGUGAGGACUGCCCUGGAGAAAGUAAAAAAAGUGGAAGACCUUCUCCCAAUCAUGAAAUUCAACAGUAAAACCAGAGAUGGUUUCACUGUAAACACAAAGGUGCCCAGUUUAAAAUUUCAUGGGAAGGAGUAUGACGGAUUCACCAUCACAAUAACUGGUGACAGAGUGGGCAACAUGCUGUUUUCAGUGGAAACGCAGACAACUGAGGAGCGGACUCAGCAGUAUCAUGAUGAAAUAGAAGCACUGUACAAGGACCUUAGCAGCAAAGGAAAAGCACUGAUACUUUCCACUGAGCUUGGGGAAGCCGACGCAGUGUGCAACCUAAUCCUUUCUUUAGUGUAUUACUUUUACAAUCUGAUGCCUCUUUCAAGAGGAUCCAGCGUAGUAGCAUAUUCAGUCAUUAUGGGAGCCCUAAUGGCCAGUGGAAAGGAGAUCACAGGGAAAAUCCCCAAAGGAAAGUUAGUAGAUUUUGAAGCGAUGACAACACCAAGCCCAGAGGCAUUCAGUAAAAUAGGAAAAAGCUGGAUGAACUUGAAAAGCUUGCCGGCAUCAUACUCCAGUCUUCCAGCUGUAUUGGAUACUUUUCCAACAAAAAGAACAAUGAUAGAAGCACUUAACACGGACACAUCUUCUCAUUGUCCCAAAAACUCAUAGGAAUGUCUGAAGACUGAGCAAAGUGCAGGCUGAGCUUCACAUUAAGUUAUUUUUAUAAUUAAAAAAAAAAAAAAAGAUGUAAACGAAUGAGGUCCAUUUUGAUUUUUUGGUACUUUUUAAUACUGCUUAAUUUAAUAUUUGGAAAAGACAAACCUCAGAAUUUCAUUAUAUAAAAGAAUGGGUGUUGAUCAUUCCUUACUAAGAUAUAGAAGGGUACAGUACUUAAAGAACGUGUUGACAACAUAAAGAGACUACUACCUAUAUGAAAUGCAAGCAAUUUUCUUGGCGAACAAACUACUGUAAAUUAUUUUUCAAUCUGGCCCUUUCAAACACAAACAUUGAUUAACUACAUCAUGUAUAGUGCUGCAAGAAUUAUCAAAUGUGUUUCCACAUAUAUCUCUUCCUACUUUGCUUGGCUAAUAAAUGUUCCCUAAAGCAGCUGUAGAUUUAGUGGAUGAGAUACUGGCUUGGUUUAUUGCUUUUUGGUGGUUUGGCUUUAGCAGACCAUCAUAAUUUGUAGGGGUAUUGUGAAGUUGCUGGAUCUGUAACUUAAAUUAUUUUCAAUUUAUCUUCUUUAGGGGCCUCUAGUUAAAACAGCUCAGCAAAUAAAUUAGGGUGUAAGAGUUUCAUAAAAAAUACUGUUGGAGCUUCAAAGCUGCCGUGCCUAUGGUACAUCUUAGUCAGGAAUACCUCCAUUAAUAUAGAUUUAUUUUGGGGUUACAAUUUCUGUUCAACCCCUGCCUGGUUGAAGGCUAAACAAAGGGGUUAAAGUCUUCAGCUUUGUAGGAACAGCAACUGGAAACUGGGACAUGUUUACUUAGAAAAGUGCAAUGUGUUUACUGCAAAGCAAACAUUUUUGAAAUAUCUGAGCCUUUAUCAACAUGUAUAUUUUCAUUUAAAGAAAUUAUUUUAUUUGAAUUCCUGGUUGUUUGACAUUUGGUUUAGUUGCUUGUACACCAUUUUUAAAUGCAUUUUGUCUUAAAUUAUGUGCUUCAAUAAAGGGGAACUGUACCUACCCCAUAGAACAAAAUUUUCUGUAUUGUCCAACCAUCUUCCAUGGCAUCGAUCUUCCACUGACACAAAUUCAUUUUUGUGCUUUUCUCAAUGCCACUGUGAUUCUGUUUUAAAUUUGCACUAUUAUUUUCUUACUGUGUUUUGCCGAAACCUAAUUACAAAUAUGCUUUUCUUCUACGUUAUGGUAGAACUACCAGUGGUAUUCUGUAUGUGCUUUGUUUACUUAAAAUUCUAUGUUCAUGUUAUCAACAUUUUCUAAGGGAUCAGUUUUGUCUUAUUAAAUAUGCUUUCAAUCUGGA